ACUCGGACGGCGCGCGUGCGAGGGCAGGACGGGCGACGGGGCUGAGAGGAUUUGCCGGGCGACAGGAAGAUUUUUUUUUUUAAGCUAAGCUAUACGACGCUUUGUUACGAGUCGUGAUUGCGCUGUAAUUGACACGCACACUGUCCCGUAAACACAAGCAGUAAGACUUCCUUGCUGUGUGUUACUUAGCCAGUAGCCCGGCAACCGAAGGAGGAGGUGUUCGUAAGAGCUAAUUAGCGACCCUUAGCUGUUUGCUAACAUCGCCUGAGACAUUAGCCGACAGCCUGUAUCCUGAGCCCGAGCAGCUAGCUGCGUUAGCCGGACCGGCGCGACUCCUCUGUCCAGACAACACAACCCCUCUCCCAACACACCGAAACGCUGGAAAUCCGCAAGCGGCCGGAGGCGGGUGAAGGGCCGGCGAAGCUGGGGCUGUUAGCGGAGCCGCACGGUGGAGGAGGACCCGCGGAGAGGCACAGCAGCGGGGACGCAGCGGCCGCCAUGGACGGGUUGCCGGUGGAGGUGCGCGGCUCCAACGGGGCCUUCUACAAGGCAUUCAUCAAAGAUGUCCAUGAAGACUCCCUUACGAUAGUUUUUGAGAACAACUGGCAACCAGAGAGACAGCUGCCGUUCAGCGACGUGAGGUUGCCACCUCCAUCCGACUAUCACAAGGACAUCGGUGAGGGAGAGGAAGUGGAGGUGUUCUCCCGAGCGAACGAACAGGAACCCUGUGGCUGGUGGCUGGCGAGGGUGAGGAUGAUGAAAGGCGAGUUCUAUGUGAUCGAGUAUGCUGCGUGUGAUGCCACAUACAACGAAAUCGUCACAUCAGAAAGAAUCCGGCCUGUCAACCCCAACAGCCCUUCUACUCGUAAUUCCUUCUACAAAACCACCAUCGCUGUGCCCGAGGACCUCAGAGAAAUCUGUUUAAGUGACAACAUCCACAAAGACUUCAGAAAAGCAAUCGGAGCCAACUGUGUCUUCUACAACUCUUCAGCAAAUGAGCUGGUUGUACUGUCGACAAACGACUCCACAGUGAAGCGCGCAUCCCUCCUGAGUGACAUGCAUUUCCGCAGCAUUCGCACCAAGCUUAUGCUCAUGUCCCGCAACGAGGAGGCUACAAAACACCUGGAGACAAGUAAACAGCUGGCAUCGGCCUAUCAGGAGGAGGUACGGGUGCGUGAGGAUCUGAUGGGUUUGGCUAUCGGCUCUCACGGUGCCAACAUCCAGCAAGCCCGCAAAGUACCUGGGGUUACCGCCAUUGAACUUGAGGAGGAAAGCUGCACCUUCAGGAUCUACGGAGAGACCCCAGAAGCUGUGAAACAGGCCAGAGUAUAUCUGGAAUUUAAAGAAGACUCCUUCCAGGUACCCAGGAAUCUUGUAGGCAAAGUUAUUGGAAAAAGUGGCAAAAUCAUCCAGGAAAUUGUCGACAAGUCUGGCGUGGUGCGUGUUCGUAUCGAAGGAGACAACGACAAAAAGCUGCCCAGAGAGGAGGUAAAGCACCACCAACACGUCUCACACCCUACCUCGGGUAUGGUUCCCUUCAUCUUUGUAGGAACCAAAGAAAACAUCAGUAAUGCCCAGGCUUUGCUCGAGUACCAUGUGGCCUACCUGCAGGAAGUGGAACAGUUGCGUAUGGAGCGGCUGCAGAUCGAUGAGCAGCUUCGGCAGAUCGGCGUUGGUUACCGCGCAGCCCCAACCCGCAGCGGUGCACCUGGAGCCAGUGAUCGUGAGAGGGGCUACCAGACGGACGAGAGCAGCAACUCUCUACAGACCUCACGCACGUACGGCGGACGAGGCCGCGGGCGCAAACCCAACAAUGCAUACUCUGGUUAUGGAACAAACUCCGAGUUGUCCAAUGCGUCCGAGUCUGAGGAUUUGGCUGAGCGGGAUCCUCGGCCCCGCGGAGUAGGAGGUGAUGAGAGGGGCUCCCGGAGAGGAGGCCGCGGCCGAGGAUCCAGCACAGGCAGAGGUCGCGGAGGCCCAGGAUCCCGCAACUCGAACACGAUUAGCUCAGUGCUGAAGGACCCUGACAGUAAUCCUUACUCUCUGCUGGAGGGUGAAGGUGAUCUGGGUGGUGACACUGACGCCAGUGAGAGCAUGGGUGGCAGUGACCGUCGUAGACGUUCCCGCCGUCGCCGUAAUGACCAGGAGCCCAGUGUGAUUGACGCCGCCAACGAAUCAGAUGGCCAGGCAGCUACUAGUGAGAAUGGACUGGAAGACGAAGGCAAACCCCAGAGGCGCAACAGAAGCCGCCGUCGGCGUAACCGUGCUGCUCGACCCGAGGGGGGCUCUGCCAGCCGUGACAGACAGCCAGUUACCGUGGCCGACUUCAUCUCUCGUCCAGAAUCUCAGAGCCGACAGAACCUUCCAGUGAAGAAGGAAGAAAUACAACAUGCCUCCCAUCCUAAGGAGAAUGGGACUAGUGUGAAGAAGGAAGAGCAUAGCCCAUCCAAGCGCUCCCCUAGCAAUGGCGUGGCAUCACCCGGGGAGGCUCUGACCCUGGUGAACGGCGUUUCCUAAAUGGAAAACGCGAGACGUCAGCUCACCAUUCAAGACCAUUGUCUAGAGCAAGACACUACAGCGAUCUGUCCCUGCUUGCAUUUUACGUAAAAACCUUUAAACAGACGAGUGAAAAUCGACUAAAAAUCUUGAAUUCAUAAGAGAUUGAGGAGAAAAAGAUAUAAAAAAAAAAAUGACAAACGCAUCUACUUAAACACUUUAAAGGUGUAUGUUUAUCCUAUCUAUCAGUACUUAGUGCUUAUGUAAGAGAAGCUUGCCAAAAAAGAGCUGGUGGAUAUGCUUCGAAAAUCUGACGUAACUGAACACAGGACGUGACUAUAUGUUUUUAUUUUAUUUUUUUGGAGAAACGGUUUUCUUUUUGUUUGUCACUGUUCUUGUCGUCGUUUUGUUUGUUUUACUUCACUGGUGUGGGAUUGGUCACAUUCCCAAACAGAUGCAUCUCUGAAACAGUGUUAGAGGCGAGGGGAGGAGCUAGCCAAGAGAUUGGGCGUGUGGACGAGGCCUCCCGUGUCACUGGCAGUCGAGGCUAAGGUACUCUAAAGAUUAAGGUUGUGUAUGUAGGGGGGAGGAAAGACAUUGUGCCUUGAAUUUGAAAAAAAAAAAAAAAACUUGAGCGUUUUCUCUUUUUUUUUUUUUGGAACAACGAAUGUUUUUUUUUUUGUUUUUGUUUUUUGUUUUUCAAGUAAACGAGAAUCCAGUUGAGAAAUAAUUGCAGGGUUAUACUAGGAAAGAAAAGACAGGAUAAAAUUUGAUACUAAUGCCAAACAAGAAGGUAAGAGUGUUAACCUGUGGUAGGAGUCAUGAUCUGGACAGCGUUUAUGUGUGCGUGUGUGUAUGUAUGUUUGUACGUGUAGUUAGUAUGCAACUUUAGACAUAAAUUGGGAGAACUGUUACAUCGUCUCGGAGCCGACUCUUAUCGAAAAGAAUAAAGGGAUGCAGCCACGUUUGUAAAAGGAAAGGUGUCCACUUUGCUGCGCUCUGCAUUAUAGAGGCAAACGGGCAUGGCAGCAUCAGGAACAGCCUCACACGCAGACAUACGAUUAGAACCCUGCCAGACCCAGAUUGCUAAUUUUACCCCAAAACCGAUACGCGAACAUACAUUAGUGCCUCUGACCCCCAACACCCACCAGCCACCACCAUCCCCCCCCCCUCCCCCCUCCAAAAAAAACCCCACCACUGUUUCUGAGAGAGGGAGUGUGGGAGGUGAGUGCGUGGGAAAGAUGGCGCACCCACUUGCAGCGUUGUCACCGUGGUUUAUACACACUGUGCCUGCUAAACACUUUAAAAGAUGACUCCUCUGUGGUGCCCCCUACUGGAUGGGCUUGAGUUUUACACAACCUAGUGAUCAAGACGGCAUGUUGCGUAGGGAAUAGCACAGCCUCAGAAAAGUUGAGAGCCGCACAUACACGCAUACACACGCAAUGGUGUAUGUGAAUAUACAGUACACUCCAAUGGUAUCACUACACAGUUUAGACUUCCUGGGUUCUCUGGUCAAGGAUGUUUAAACCUGAGAUUUAAUCCACGUGCCUCAGAGGCCAGGCGAGCGUGGUGUUUAAACAGAACAGGAUGUCUGUCGCGUUCCUGAUUGUCGCAGUCAAAAAGACGCAAUUGGGGGAUUCAUGUCCCCCUUUGGCUCACGUUACUGUCAUCUUGGUUUUUGCUCUCAAACUUUUUUGGUUGUACUUUUCACAUCAUAAAAAAAAAAUAAUAAAAUGGAAGUGAAUCGAAA